AAUUUAUUAAAAAACAUGUGUGCAACUUUUUUAUCGAGUUUUACAUUUCAUCUGAGAUUCCUUAAGUAACUAAGUAAGGUUCAACAUUGUCUCCUCCAUGAUGAAGUUUGUCGUAAGGAGCUCCAGGAAUGGCGUCAGGUCAGGUGUGAUUACAGAGUUACCUGGGAGGCCAGAUGUUACUAUAGAAACACCAAUGUGCAUGGUGUACAGCCGCACAGGUAGUGUUCCUCACCUGACACCAGAUGUCGCCUCCAAAAUAGAUGGCACCCCUCUCAUCACACACAUUCCUAUUAAUUCCCUGAUUGGCCAUCUAUCUGCUGUAAAGCAAUGUAAGAAAGGAAUCAGGGAUUUUGCUGUUCUGGGGGACACAUUGCUCUAUGGCUCUCUCCAAGACCCUGCAGAACCUGUAUUCCCAGGGAAGAAUGACAAACAUUCCGUUGCAGUCUGGAGUAAAGGAGGAAGGAUAAGUGUGAAUCCUGAGAUGUAUGUUGAAGUCCAAGAGGCAUUUAAAUUUGAUUGGUUCGCUGCGCUGAGUGAUGGAGACACUGACAAACAGACAUCAAGAAAGCGUGUUCGUAAAUCAGUUGAUAGAACUUUACAAUGGCUGGAUGAAUCCAUUGAAAAACUUCAAAAAUCAGAUGUGCAAAGCAGUGAACGCCUGUUUGGUGUCCUUGAAGGGGGGUUUGAGAUUGACCAGAGAGUCCAUUCUGCAAAAGAGACAGCUCUGAGGCCUGUUGCAGGAUUUUGCAUAGAGGGGUUCAACACUGCAGGACCAGAGACAGAGAAAGUGGACUUCACAGAGAUAAAAUCCAUCUUACAUGAGACCCUAACGCAUUUACCAAGUGAAAAACCAAGAAUCAUGCACCAAGUAUGGCCACCACACCUUGUGUUAGAGGCCUUAGAAGCUGGGAUAGAUAUAUUUGACAGCUCAUUUCCUUAUAUAGUCACAGAACGAAAUGCUGCGUUGAUAUUUGAUUUUAAAUACAACGGAACAAGAUCUCAGGUUAUAAAGCCCAAUGGUGGGAGUGAUUCUGAGUCUGCCACUCGGGUGGGGUAUGAAAUUGAUCUCAAGGAUAAAAGGUUUGAGAGUGACUUUAGUGGAUUACUGGCAGGUUGUAGCUGUUACACAUGUAGGAACUUUACAAGGUCAUAUAUAUGUCAUCUUGUCAACACUAGGGAAUUACUUGCAUCUGUCCUGCUUAUGAUACACAAUGUUCAUCAUUACUUUGAGUUUUUCCGGCACAUUCGUCUCUCGAUACAAGAAGAUAAAUUCCUAGAGUUAUUGAAGCUGAUUAACUCUCAGAGAAAUGUUCCAGAAAAAACUUAGGACAUCAGAUGUCAGAGGCUGUAAUAAGGAGGAUAAAAAUGGCAGUAAAUUGGACAGUGAUUAUCUACUUACGCAAGACAGUGAAUUUUCAUUGGAACUACAUGCACAAGGAAAGCUCAUAUACGUGUAUACAAACUGAGUUUACAGAAGAGAGCAUCCACAAUCUAGACUGAGUGCAAUAUAACAAAAUAGUGCAUAUAUUGAUUAGACUG